AUGGUGAUGGCUCCGCCUCGAGAUAAGAAGAAGCCGAGGGCAUUCAAGACAACCACCGCUGUUGCUGCCGUAGAUGUGGCACACGUUUCGCCUGCAGUUCCGAAAGGCACUUCGCCAAAAGUGAAUGGCAAACAGUCGCUGAAAGCCGCAAAGGUGACGAACGGUGGCCGCAGCGAGGAGAAACAGGAUGGAGAUCCCGAAAGGACCACAGCAGAUGCUGGCGAGCCGAAAGACGAGACCUCAACAGGGCAAGAACCUGCUCUGGACGAAGACGAUGCGUCGACCGAUGCGGAAUCCAAUUUUCACGACGCGGACGCUGGCCAAGAAGGCGAGAAGGACGAUGAUUCAUCGGCAUCGAGGGACUCCUUGACCGAGACAGGCCACAUCCUGCCCGUUGCAGGCUCAGACCAAGCCGAAAAACCGCGCAGUGACAAGCUAAGCGUGGCGCGAAAGGGUGAUGAGGAUCCGAGCGCUACCGCAGGGUCGCCAUCCUUCAGCGUACAACCUGCGGAGGGCUCUCAGGCUGCAAAUACUGCUUCCGAAAGGCCUGGCUCGUCCAUGUCCUCAACGUCAGAGCCCAGCGUCAUCAAAGUGACAGACCACUCUGAUGGUUCGAAUGAAGAGGCAAGCAGCACAGCCAAUGAAUUUCGUCGACAGCAAUUGCCGAGCACGAAUGAAGAUGUGCCCGCGGAUUCGAAUGACUCCAUCCCUCGACUGCAGCAACCUCUGCCCCAGACACCCGACCUCGCUGCUCAGUCAUCUGCCUCACCUUCCUCAUCAACUGCCAAGCGCUCUCUGUGGGGAAUGCUCAGUCCCCGUGGCAGCAGCCAAGGCGUGGGAACGUCUCCAACUUGGUCUCCAUCGGCAGACUUUCGGCCAAAGCUUGCUGCUUCCUUGUCGAAUAGCCUCUCCUCGUUCACUGCUGGACUCUCCGCAGUGCGUAGGGGAAGUGUUGCACCGGCGUCCUCAGAGCGCGUGCGGCUGCCUCGUCGUGAGGUUGAUGAAGCGCAACUUGCGGAGGACGUGAUGCGCUUCGCAGACGCUCGACACGUUCUGCGGACAGUGACUGAUGGCAACAGGCUUAGAGAUUUAGGAAUUCGCCUCGAAGAAGGUUGGCGAGAGAAACUUGCCGAGGCACAGUCUCUGCGAGCCCGUCUGGAGGAAGCUCAAGAUACACUGGAGGACCUUGAGGACGAAAAUGAGCAUUUGCGAACGCAACUCGGAACUCUUAGCGAGCAGAUCGCUGCGCGUGAAGACGCAUUUGAGCAACUUCAGCGCUCAACGAUCGAGCACCAGACGAGGGAGAAAUCUUUGUGGCGAGAGGAGGCGCGAGAGGAGAGAGAGAACGUUCUUUUUCAAGUUGCAGAGGCACAGCGGCAGCUUGCAGAAGAGCGGGCUGUGACCGCGCAGCUGCGCAUUGUGCUGCAGAGCGCAAAGAGCGGCCGUAUCGAUGUACUUGACAGCAUCGAUACAGGGGACGGUACGAGUGCACCUGCAGAAAUUCAAGAUAAACCCUCGGUCGAUGCUCGCCAAUCUCCGGAAUCAGGCGCUGUCCUCCGACGGCAGUCACAGUCUAGCGAAAGCAAGCUCGAUCAAGAUUGUGGCGAGAAAGUGGGAGAUGAAAUACAAAAUGACGUCCUGUUCAACUUGUCGCACUCUCCGACGUCUUCAAAGCGUUCGACGUCGCUCUUCAGUGAGGUUCACACGCUGCACGGUAUGCGAGGAGCGGGGCUCCUCGCAGGUGCAAUCGCGGAAGAGGAAGGGAAGACCUACGCCAUCGCCACGCAAGUCCUCUUUGAUAAAGCUGCCGCCGACGGGGCUCUUACCAAAGCGCUUCAGGAGGAAAAUAACUCGUUGAGAUCCUAUGUUGAUGCCAAGGAUCGACGCUGCACAACUUUACAGCUGGAAGUCGAAGAGCUGCAGACGCGCUUGGUGCAAACCGAGUCGGCCAUCGCCGAAUUGCUAGACACAGCACCGCCCGUCUGA